AUGCCUGAGGAGGACGUCGUCGAGCAGGACAACGGCGACGAUGACACCAGAGGCAUGGGCAGUGCGAACGUGACGCAAGACUUCGGUAGAGGGCAUGGCAUGGCUGUGGGACACAGGAGGCGACAGGGAUGCUGGGAAGGCAUAGGAGAGAACGACGACGAUGAUGACGACCCACAGGAUGACGACGACGAUGACGACGGGGGUGUCAGGGGAGUGGGUAAGAAGGGUAUGAGCAGGAGGGGCGGGAUAAUGAUCGUGGUACCGACGUCCAACGACAGAAGCGAUGGCAACGCCUCUUCGGGAGUCAACACUACUCCCAUAUGCACGACGGACGACGCCAAAACGACGAUGAUGCAAGCCCCGACGGACCCGCCGCUGCCACCCCAGCCCAAAACCAACAUGGGCUCCUACCAUCCGCUCCAGUCCUCCAAUAACCCCCACCUUCAUUCAUCCCCCAUUUUCGACAUGGGGGAACACACGUCGUCGCCCCCCAUGGCCCGCCCACCCCGCAUCCUGCAUCCUGCCCGUCCCAUGCACCGUACGACCACUAUUGGAUCUCUACCCCCAUUUUCGACACAGGGGAAUCCAAUGGUGGUCUCCGUUUCCCCCUACGAUCCCGCAGUGCCUAUCCUCCAGCCCGUCCCCAGCGCAUGUCGACUCGUUGCCUGGGCUAUCUGUGCCACAGGACAGCACAACGCUACACCCUACGGGCCUGCCUAA